GACUGUUCUCUCACAGGAAGGCUUUUUGUUUGUUUGUCUUUUUGAGCUAAUAGGGGAAGGAGAAUGUAGAGCCAAGCCACAACCAUACUCUCCUUAAUCCACUCCAUUCUCUUUUCUCCCAGCUAUGCUGCCAGAGUGCACUAAGGGUUUAGAAGAGCAGCAAAAGAUGAAUAAAUCUCUGGAGUUGGUGUCAUUUGAGGAUGUGGCUGUGGACUUUACCUGGGAGGAGUGGCAGGACCUGAAUGAUGCUCAAAGGACUUUGUACAGGGAUGUGAUGCUGGAGACCUACAGCAACCUGGUGUCACUGAAUGUCCAUAUAGAUGAUGACCUUGAGCAGAGGAACCAAGAAAAUCAUGGUAGAUGCUUGCAGCAAAUCAUAAUCACCAACAGCAACAUAUUAUCUGAGGACAGAGUUGUCUUAGGAAAAUCAUUUUAUUUGAAUUCAUAUUGUGUUUUAAAUUGUAUUAUAAGUAAUGGAAACCAUUCAGGAAAUGGACAUGAGGAGUUUUACAUAUGUCAGAAUGCACUUCUUUCUAGAGAGUCUGAUGAGAUGCCUGCUGGAGAGAAAACUGAUUACCAUCACACAACUGGAAAAUUGCCAAGACAUCAUGAGCAUCUUAGUCAGCAUCCCAGUAUUCAUACUGGGAAGCACCUUUUAGAAUACAGUGAAAAAGGGAAAUCCUCCAACAUCGAGCCAAUGAUAUUUACACGUAAAAAGAAUCAUAGGGAUGAGACCACCUAUAAGUAUAAUGAAUAUGGGAAAGAGUGUGGUAAGUCAGCUGUCAUUGCCCAAGAAAUAAAUCAAAUAGAAAGGAAAACUUUUCAAUCUGGUAUAUGUGGGAAAAUGUUCUAUGAAAAGUCUGAACUCACGAAACAUCAGAUUAUUCGCACAGGAGAGAUCCGUAAUUUAUAUCAGGGAACUCACACAGGUGAGAAACCACAUGAAGGUAAAGAAAGUGGAAAAGCUUGUAAACAAAAGUCGGAUUUCAGCAGGCAGAGAAUUCACACACGAGAGAAACCAGAUGAAUGUAGAGAAUGUGGAAAAGCUUUUAGCCAUAAGUCAUACCUCUGCAGGCAUGAGAGGAUUCACACAGGUGAGAAACUAUAUGAAUGUAAAGAAUGUGGAAAAGCUUUUAGAGAGAAGUCAAAGUUCAGCAUUCAUCAGAGAACUCACACAAGUGAGAAACCAUAUGGAUGUCAAGAAUGUGGAAAAGCUUUCAGCCGAAAGUCAAAACUCAGCAAUCAUCAGAGAAUUCACACAGGUGAGAAACCAUAUGAAUGUCAAGAAUGUGGGAAAGCUUUUAGUGACAGGUCAUACUUCAGCAUUCAUCAGAGAAUUCACACAGGUGAGAAACCAUAUGAAUGUCAAGAAUGUGGGAAAGCUUUUACCCAUAAUUCACAAUUCAGCAUUCAUCAGAGAACUCACACAAGUGAGAAACCAUAUGAAUGUCAAGAAUGUGGAAAAGCUUUUAGCCUGAAGUCAAAACUCAGCAUUCAUCAGAGAACUCACACAGGGGAGAAACCAUAUGAAUGUAUGGAAUGUGGGAAAGCAUUUAGAGACAAGUCAUACUUCACCAUUCAUCAGAGAAUUCACACAGGUGAGAAACCAUAUGAAUGCCAAGAAUGUGGGAAAGCUUUUAGCAAUAAGUCGUACCUCAACAUUCAUCAGAGAACUCACUCAGGUGAGAAACCAUAUGAAUGCAAAGAAUGUUGGAAAGCUUUUAGAGACAAGUCAUACUUCACCAUUCAUCAGAGAAUUCACACAGGUGAGAAACCAUAUGAAUGUCAAGAAUGUGGGAAAGCUUUUAGCAACAAGUCAUACCUCAACAUUCAUCAGAGAACUCACGCAGGUGAGAAACCAUAUGAAUGCAAAGAAUGUGGGAAAGCUUUUAGUAAAAAGUCAACUCUCAGCAGUCAUCAGAGAACUCACAGAGGUGAGAAACCAUAUGAAUGUCAAGAAUGUGGGAAAGCUUUUAGUGACAGGUCAUACUUCAGCAUUCAUCAGAGGAUUCACACAGGUGAGAAACCAUGCGAAUGUAAAGUAUGUGGGAAAGCUUUUACCCAUAAUUCACAAUUCAGCAUUCAUCAGAGAACUCACACAAGUGAGAAACCAUAUGAAUGUCAAGAAUGUGGAAAAGCUUUUAGCCUAAAGUCAAAACUCAGCAUUCAUCAGAGAACUCACACAGGUGAGAAACCAUAUGAAUGUAAGGAAUGUGGGAAAGCAUUUAGAGACAAGUCAUACUUCACCAUUCAUCAGAGAAUUCACUCAGGUGAGAAACCAUAUGAAUGCAAAGAAUGUGGGGAAGCUUUUAGUAGAAGGUCAACUCUCAGCAAUCAUCAGAGAACUCACAGAGGUGAGAAACCAUAUGAAUGUCAAGAAUGUGGGAAAGCUUUUAGCCUAAAGUCAAAACUCAGCAUUCAUCAGAGAACUCACACAGGUGACAAACCAUAUGAAUGUAAGGAAUGUGGGAAAGCAUUUAGAGACAGGUCAUACUUCAGCAUUCAUCAGAGAAUUCACACAGGUGAGAAACCAUAUGAAUGCAAAGAAUGUGGGAAAGCCUUUAGUAAAAAGUCAACUCUCAGCAAUCAUCAGAGAACUCAAACAGGUGAGAAACCAUGUGCAUGUCAAGAAUGGAAAAGCUCUUAUCCAAAAGUCAUGCCUCAGCCUUCAGAGAACUCACACAGGUGAGAAACUAUGUGAAUGUCAAGAAUGUGGAAAAGUUUUUAUCCAGAAGUCAUGCCUCAGCCUUCAUCAGAGAAUUCACACAGG